AUGAAUUUUUGGGCAGCACUUGUGUACUAUCUGUAUACUCACGUAGGCGGUUGGAACUUCGACUUCGACUUUACGCCUAAGCCAGACUUGUCAGAAUACCAGAAAAUUGGCACAAGAUAUUUUAUCAUUGAGCGCAAUGUGGAGUUAAAUUGGACAGAUGCUGAACGCGCCUGUCAGGAAAAACGAGGACACUUAGCGUCCAUCAAGGACGAGGAAGAAAAGUUCGCCUUCAUGUAUGUGAUUAAGGAUUAUGAGUUCUACUGGCUAGGCAUCAACGAUCGAGACAAUAAAGGCGAAUAUAUGUCAGUGGCUUCCGGGAAGAAAGCCCCGUACUUAAAAUUGAAGAAGUAUAAUCCCAGCCCUGCUCCAGAUAAUGAGCGCUGCGUGUGGCUCUUUGAUAACGACAUGACUGAUGGCAGAUAUGCUGAACGCGCCUGUCAGGAAAAACGAGGACACUUAGCGUCCAUCAAGGACGUGGAAGAAGAGUUCGCUCUCAUGUAUAUGGUUGAGGAGUAUAAGUUCUACUGGCUAGGCAUCAACGAUCGAGACAAUAAAGGCGAAUAUAUGUCAGUGGCUUCCGGGAAGAAAGCCCCGUACUUAAAAUGGACACUUGUGUACUAUCUGUAUAUUCACGUUGGCGAUUGGAGCUUCGACUUUACGCCUAAGCCAGACUUGUCAGAAUACCAGAAAAUUGGCAAAAGAUAUUUUAUCAUUGAGCACAAUGUGGAGUUAAGUUGGUCAGAUGCUGAACGCGCCUGUCAGGAAAAACGAGGACACUUAGCGUCCAUCAAGGACGAGGAAGAAGGGUUCGCCUUCAUGUAUGUGGUUGAGGAUUAUAAGUUCUACUGGCUAGGCAUCAAUGAUCGAGACAAUAAAGGCGAAUAUAUGUCCGUGGCUUCCGGGAAGAAAGCCCCGUACAUAAAUUGGCAUGAGUAUAAUCCCAGCCCUGAAGAAGACAAUGAGCGCUGCGUGACUCUCUAUAGUAACUACAUGUUUGAUAGGAGAUGUGAAGUAAAAUCACCUUAUAUUUGCCAGGCAGAUACCGAAUUUUAG